AAGUACUUCCGGUUUUGAAAUUUCCUGCCUGGCUGAAUGUAAAUGGAAUGAAAGCUUGUUUACUUGCAAAAUUAAGAUGAGUAACCUGGGUCCCAGGGCCAGUCCUGUGUUGGACCGAACGUUUAGGAGGAGGACGCUUUAUGCCCAAUCACGGUCUGCACUCUGGUGGGCGGCCAUCAACAUCUUGUUGGCAAUCCUAGCUUAUCUUGAAGUAUUCUUCCAAAGAGCAACCACCCACUUCCAUCUCAGUCAUCCAGUUUUCUGGUACACAGCAUGUGUUUUGGCUGCCAUAUUUACCCUGAACAUCAUUGUGGAUCUCUUGCGAUAUCUUGCUCCAGUUUUAAUAUCAUCGCCAAUAGAGGUCAGCGCAAAGCAGAAGAAACUGCUUGGAAUCAAGGAUGUAGAUAUUGGUUUCAAAACUUUAACAUCUGCAAGCCCUAGUAGACUGAACGAGAGCGCACCACAGACCCCCCUCUACUCCCCCUCCUCGCUCUAUUCCAACCAGUCGAUGCAUUCCAGUCUCUCGUGCUCGCCGGGUCAAGGGCACUCGCCCAACUCAUCACUAUCGUACAUCCAGUCGCCGUCAUAUCACAGUCGGUCUCAGUCUCUUUUGAAUCAGACUCAGAGUCCGGCCUUCUCAUCAUUUAGUCAGACCGGUGUGAGUAGCCCUGGCACACCCUAUGCCUCACCGCUCUUCAGAGAUUCCAUGGAUGGCAGUGGUCUGAGAUCAAGACUCCGAGUCCCUUCUCCGAAGAGCUCACCAUUGGAUAAUAGUGACUGUGUGACAGACCUUGGGACGUUGAAUCAGUUCUUGAAAGAACAAGAAGAGAAGGAAUACAAGAAUCAGAUCGGUAGUGCCGACAUGUCACAAUCGGGGAGCCCAUCAUUCUGGGCCUACAAUCGCUCUGUCACCGAUUACACGUCUGGGUUGAGGAAUUACCAAUAUCAGAUAGCGUGUCGAACGCCUCAGUCCAUCUCCUCCAGGAAUGACGAUGAUCCUGAUGACCCGGCGACAUACCAUGCUGAUGAAGUGUGGCUGAAAGCUGGAGUUCACCCAGACGACUUGGAACUCUGGAUAGAACAUCUUAGGAAGUGGUUGAGUCAGACGAUUGUCCAUCGCCUAGCCAAGGAGAUUAUCCGCGUCAAUGCCCACCUGAGGAAGCUGGGAUGUGAGGACAUGGAGAUUGGGGAGGUGAGCAUCGCGACGUUGAAGCAGAUAGCUGUUACCAAAAGUCAGCACCUUCCCACAUUGAACAGCAUCAUCCCAUAUCUGGACCUUGGAUCGAAUCAGGAAUAUCUUGUUGCUAGAAUCAAAGAGCUUGGUAAAGGAGGAUGUAUGAGUGACUUCAACUGGAAUGGUGGCAUGGACUAUAAGGGCAAACAGUGGGCUGAACAUUUGCCCACUGAUGCUGCAAUUGUGAUGCAUGCCUUCUGUACCUACCUCGAUUCUCGGUUGCCCCCUCAUCCCAAGUAUCCUGAUGGGAAGACGUUCACCAGUCAACAUUUCCUUAAAGCUCCUGAUAAACCUAAUAUUAAGAAGAAGGACAACAUGUUGAUUUUCCAAUCCAAGGUGAACCCACCACAUUAUAAAUGUGUCAUAACAGAUGACAUCUGGGAUCUACAAAAGGGGAGAAACAAUAUGUUCCAAGCAAUAUUGCUUUUCUUACAUCAUGUCAAGAAGGACCAUGGCAUGCUCGGACGAGUCAACUUGGGGCUUUCUGGAAUCAAUAUACUAUGGGUGCUGGAGAAGAAAUACUGAAGUGAGGAAGACAUCGGAAUCGUGCAUUUAAUGAAGAGACAAAAUUGAGACUAUUCUGAUGCGCAGAAACAGGCAUAAUCAUGUGUGAAGUUUGUGUAUUUGCUUGCAUAGGAAAACACUUGAUGUGAAGAUCAACAGCUACAAUCGAUGUCCUCUGAAUAAUUUUUGGUAUAGAUAGAAGCCUUUCUAAACUGCCUUUUAUUUUGUAAUAAAUGUAUU